AUGAACGUUACGCAAACACUCCCGAGAUUCCUGCUGCCGCGGCUGAGCUGGACUGGCCCGCGGUCCCCGGCGACAGCAGCCACAGCAGCCACAGCAGCCGCCAGCUUAAGCUUACCCCGGACGACAAGCGCCUUCUUCCCACCGGCAUCUGCGGACCAGCGAGGCGGGUGGCAGGCUGCGGGACGACCGCUACACACAAGCGCACGAUGCGGCGGCCCUGACCCUAGCCGGCGCUCCGACGACAGCCGGCAGGCCCGCAGCUUGGGCGCCCUCGCCCGCAGCCCUCCCCUCCGGCGCGCGUUCCACGGUUCCGCGGCGCAACGGCGAGACCACCACUUCGACACGCUCAAGUUCGUCCAGCGCCUGGAAGAGGAUGGGUUCACAGAAGAGCAGUCGGUGGCUAUGAUGAAGGUGCUCAACGACGUGAUCGAGGAGAGCAUCCAAAACCUGACCCGGACCAUGGUGCUGCGCGAGGACGCGGCCAAGGCGACAUACACGCAAAAGGUGGACUUCGCCAAGCUGCGCAGCGAGCUGCUGUCGGCUGACAGCACCGAGGGCAACACGACGCGGGCGGCGCACGAGCGGCUGACCAACGAGAUCGCCAAGCUCAACACGAAGCUGCGCGACGAGAUCGGCCGCACCCAGGCCAGCGUCCGCCUCGACCUCAACCUCGAAAAGGGCCGCAUCCGCGAGGAGGCCGUCUCGCAAGAGCUCAAGAUCAAGGAGACCGAGACAAAGAUCGAGCAGGAGGUCGCCGCCCUACGCCAGCAGCUCGAGCAGGUCAAGUUCCAGACCCUGCAGUGGCUCAUGGGCGUCUGCACCGGCUUUGCCGCUCUGCUGCUGGGUUUCUGGCGCCUGCUAAUGUGA